AAUUGGAGUUAUUGUUUACAGAAUUGAUCACCAGCAUUUUGAGUCAAUUAGUCAUUAGUAAAUGCUUCAUAGAUUGAUAUUGUAUGAGUUACUUAACAAUAUUAAACAGACAUCUCGUCGGCAUGACCAUAGAUGUGAAUAGACGUGGAUAGAACAGUUUGGUUAUUGCAUUUUUUAUUUAGGGAAACUACACAGUCUUACAGGUUGUUUUUUUUGCAAGGUUUAUACAAAGUAAAACAGCAUGUCUAUAAUUGUACAUAUAUUUUUACUACAUGGGAUUUUAAUCCACAGAUGUGUUUGUGUUAAAAAUUCUACGUCUUUAAAGGAUAUGAGCAAUGCGGAGUUUAUGGAGAAAUUAUUUGAAGGAUACAGCGUAAAUAUCCCUCCAGUUUUGAAUUUCGAAAGACCAGUUUUGAUAGACUUAGCUUUAUACCAUUUAUCUAUAGACAAUAUAGAAAUGAAAAGCAAGAUUAUCAGUGGUCGCAUUAUAUUUGGUUUAGAAUGGACUGAUGAAUAUUUAAAGUGGAACUCCUCUGAUUUCAAGGACAUUUCAAAGCUUUCAUUACAACCAAACCAAAUUUGGUUACCUGAUUUGUAUAUUGGCAAUUCAGAGGAUUUGUUUACGUUUUUAAAAGCAGAGAACGUGCAAGAAGUAAUUUUGACAAGCAAUGGUGUAGUGGAAGCUUGGCUGUAUCUACAUAUUGAAGUCGGAAUAGAUUUGGACAUUUACAAAUAUCCCUUUGACGAACAAAUAUGUGAAUUUGAGUUUAGUUCAUGGAUGCAUAGUGACCGCAAAAUAGACAUAUCAGUUAGGCAGGGUGCUGAAGAAUUAAAAGCUUCGGAAUUAUCCAGGCAAAGUGGGGAAUGGGACAUUAUACAGAUAGAAAGGAAAAGAACAAUUAAGUCAUUUGAUGAAUAUUUGACCAAUUUUACUCUAAUUCAGUAUAAAUUCUCAUUGAAGCGCAAAUGGCAAUAUACAAUUUUGAAUUUGGUAACACCCGUUGUCAUAACAUCGUUACUGAAUCCUUUGUCAUUUUUGCUCCCUGUUGACAGUGGGGAACGAAUAUCACUAAGUAAUACUGUAUUUCUGACAAUGGCUGUAUUUUUCUCGAUAGUGAAUCAUUCUCUUCCAAAGACAUCUGAAGGAGUUCCAAUUAUUGUUGCAUAUAUCGGUCUACAAAUGCUUGGAAGUUCUCUCACUAUUGUGUUUACAAUUUUCAGUCUUGCCCUGUAUUAUAGAAACCAAAACAACCCGUCAGUAUUCAAGUUCAUUUGUGGAAAAAUAAGAAAACACAAAAAAGAAAUCAACGAUGAAAAUGGUUCAACUGAUCCAGUUAGUGAGACGAAUAUUCAAAACAACGUCCAAAGGGAAUCUUGGAUGAAAGCUUCAAAUAUGUUGGACACAGCUUGUUUUUGGCUUUCACUUUCUUGGAAUGUGGUACUUUUAACACUAGUUAUGAUGAAAGUCACUGGAGAAUAAUGAUGUUCGUAAAUCAUUUCUUUUUAAAUUUCUGCAACAAUUAUUGUGCAAUUUGAAUUUGAAUUAUG